GCCCAGGGCGCGCGUGAGCCCAGUGCGCGGCGGGGACGCACGCGAGCUCGCGGAAGGCCUCCUUGGAAGAUCCAGAAGUUGUUUCCAUCAUGGCGGAAGUCAAGGUGGAGUCGCGGGCUAGCGUGGACUGGCAGAAACGCUGCCUGGCCCUGGAAACACAGCUUUUCCGGUUCCGCCUACAGGCCAGCAAGAUCAGGGAGCUGCUGGCUGACAAGAUGCAGGAGCUGGAGCAGAGGCUGCUGGAGGCGGAGCAGAGAGCAGAGAACGCGGAGACCCAGGUGGGCGUGAUGGAGGAGAAGCUGAAGCUGUGCAGCCUGAAGAACGUGGACUGCACAGGCAGCCUGCCCCGCAAGUACCAGGAGCUGCUGAAAGCCGUGCAGUGCAAAGAUGAGCUCAUUUGCCAGCUGCAGGCCCAGCUGGAGGCGCAGAAGCAAAUGAGAGCUGAGGAAGCAAAAAUCGUUCAAGAAAAAGCUGCAAAGAUCAAGGAGUGGGUGACACUAAAGUUAGCAGAGCUUGAAACAGAGAAUCAGCACCUGAAAAGUUGUAAUCGGCACCUGGUGGAGCAGGUGGGAGCCCUUCAGGAUGCACUAGAGGCUCUUCGGAUGGCGCCUUCAGGGAAGCUGAUGUCCUCCCAGAAAUCCCCAGAGCAGGAUUCUGUCCCUUCUGAGCCAGGCCCCCAGCCUGUGGGGCAGGACCCUGGUCCCCAGGCUCAGGGUUUCAAGCUGUCUGUGCCUGCAGAUUCUCCAGGGGCCCUGCAGAGCAAGGACCUUGUUUGUGAAGCAAGAAGCCCCUCGGACGAUUCUUGUCCCAGUGUGAUCCAAUCUGGGAAAACAGCAGAGGCCCAGACCCUUCAACCCCACCUGGGAAGAGAAGGCUCUCCCAGUCGGCUGUGCGUGAAAGCUCGCGCCCCGAGAUGCGGCUCAGCCUCCUGGGGUGAGGGCCUGUUCAUGGCUCGGGGAGGGCUGCUCCCUGGAACCAAGACCUCUGUCAGGGAAGGUGGUCCUGGCAGCAGCCUGACCCUUCCAAAGGCACGGGCUCCCGGCACCCCCCGGGACAGCAUCCAGCUGGCCAAGAGGCACCACAGCCAGCCCCAGGUGGGCCCUGGACACUUGGACCACACGGUGCGCAUUGAGAUUGGGGUCCUCCCGGUCCUCCAUCCUUCUGGCCUUCCGAAGCCGAAGACUCCAGCUCAGAUCUGGGAAGAACCAGAGAAGAUGGAGAUGGAGGAGCCGCCACCAGCAGGGAAGAAGGAAAUAAGAGCGAGCCUGAAGGCCUCCGGAGCCGAGCUGGAGGAAGUGGAGCUGGGGAGCAAGCCACCCACGCCGCCCCUGCACCGGUUUCCAUCCUGGGAGAGCCGGAUCUACGCUGUGGCCAUGUCAGGCAUGCAGCUCUCGGAUGUGCCCCCCAGAAGUAAUGCUGCCUGCUGCGCUUCCAGCCCUCCUGCCCUCACGUCUCCUGGGCCUUUCUCUGGCCUUGUCUACAAGAAUGUCACUGUGCCUGUCUACACAGCUCUGAAGGGGAGAGCCAUGCAGAUCAGCAGUGUGCCCUUCAUGGACGAGUCCUCGGGCUCCGACGAUGACUGCAGCUCUCAGGCGAGUUUCCGGAUGUCCGUCCCCUGCUCUGAGUCGCGGAAGACCAGUGGGCUGGGCAGCCCCCGGGCCAUCAAGAGAGGUGUCUCCGUGUCCUCACUGAGCUCCGAGGGUGACUAUGCCAUCCCCCCUGAUGCCUGCUCACUGGACAGUGACUACUCGGAGCCUGAGCAUAAACUGCAGCGCACCUCGUCCUACUCCCCUGACGGGCUGGGCCCAGGCACGGAGUCGCUGGAGAAGUCGGGCUACCUGCUGAAGAUGGGCAGCCGUGUGAAGACGUGGAAGAGGCGCUGGUUUGUCCUGAGACAGGGACAGAUCAUGUACUACAAGUCCCCGAGUGAUGUCAUCAGGAAACCGCAAGGUCAAGUGGAUCUGAACUCCCGCUGCCAGAUUGUCCGAGGCGAGGGGGCGCAGACGUUCCAGCUCGUGUCCGAAAAGAAGACUUACUACCUGACGGCAGACUCGCCCAGCCUGCUGGAGGAGUGGAUCCGCGUGCUCCAGAGCCUGCUGAAGGUGCAGGCCACGGGGCCUCCAGCCCUGCCUCAGGGCGGCACCAAGCCCACCGUGAAGGGCUGGCUGACCAAGGUAAAACAUGGCCACUCCAAGCUCGUCUGGUGUGCUCUUGUCGGGAAAACCUUCUACUACUAUCGGAGCCAUGAAGACAAGCGACCCCUGGGCCGUCUGCCCGUGCGGGAUGCGCGCAUCGCGGAAGUGGAUCGCUCGUGUGACUCAGAUGAGGACUACGAGGCUGGAGGGACUGGCCGGCUGCUGUCUUCCCACUGCACGCUGGUGAUCCACCCCCCAGAGCACAGCCCCACCUACCUCCUCAUAGGCACCAAGCAUGAAAAGGACACGUGGCUUUACCACCUCACGGUAGCUGCAGGCGGCAGCAGUGCCAAGGUGGGCACUGCCUAUGAACAGCUCAUUGGGAAACUGAUGGAUGGUGAGGGGGACCCAGACUCCCCACUCUGGAGGCAUCCCACGCUGUGCUACACCAGACACGGGCUGGCCGCCUCCCUCACCACCCUGCCCUCCGAGGCCCUGCAGACCGAGGCCCUCAAGCUCUUCAAGUCUUGCCAGCUCUUCAUCAACGUGCCCGUGGAAGCUGCCUCGGUGGACUACCACGUGUCCCUGGCCCAGACGGCGCUGCAGGUGUGCCUGGUCCACCCCGAGCUUCAGAGCGAGAUCUACUGCCAGCUCAUGAAGCAGACCAGCUGCCGCCCCCCUCAGAAGUACUCCCGCAUGCAGUGCUGGCAGCUCCUGGCUCUGUGUGCCCCCCUCUUCCUGCCUCAGCAUCACUUCCUGUGGUACGUCAAGCAGCAGCUGCAGCGCCACGCAGACCCCCGGAAUGAAACUGGCCAGUACGCCACCUACUGCCAGCGGGCAGUGGAGCGGACCCUGCAGACCGGGGAGCGAGAGGCCAGGCCGUCGCGCAUGGAGGUGGUGUCGAUCCUGCUGCGGAACCCCUUCCACCACUCCCUGCCCUUCAGCAUCCCCGUGCUCCUGGCCAAUGGGACUUACCAGGUGGUCGGCUUCGACGGCUCCUCCACCGUGGACGAGUUCCUGCAGCGGCUGAACCAGGAGAUGGGCAUGCGCAGGCCGUCGCACUCCGGCUUCGCCCUCUUCACGGAUGAUCCUUCCGGCAGAGACCUGGAGCACUACCUGCAGGGCAGCGUCAAGAUCUGCGACGCCAUCUCCAAGUGGGAACAAGCGCUGAAGGAGCUGCACCCCGGAAAGACGGAGGGGGGAACGCGUGUGGUGAAGCUGAUGUACAAGAACAGGCUGUACUUUCGGAGUCAGGUCAAGGGGGAGACGGAACGAGAGCGGCUGCUGCUCGCCUGCCAGACCAGCGGCGAGAUCGUGGCCGGGAGGUUUCCUGUCAACAAGGAGUUGGCUCUGGAGAUGGCUGCCCUGAUGGCCCAGGUGGAGUAUGGAGACCUGGAGAAGCCCGUCCUGCUGGGCUCCGGGGGCACACCCCCAGCCAAAGCUCAGCAUCUCCUCCAGCAAGUCCUAGACAGGUUCUACCCACGGCGCUAUAGACACGGGGCCCCCCCUGAACAGCUCAGGCACCUGGCAGAUAUGCUGACCACAAAGUGGGCAGCCUUGCAAGGCUGUUCCGCUCCUGAGUGCAUCCGCAUCUACCUGACUGUGGCCCGGAAAUGGCCUUUCUUUGGUGCUAAGCUCUUUGCUGCUCAGCCUGCCCAGCUGUCUUCCAAGGAGGAGAGCCCUCUGGUCUGGAUCGCCGUGAACGAGGACGGCGUCAGCAUCCUGGACCACAGCACCAUGCAAGUGCACGUCACUUACCCCUACACUGCAGUGACAACCUUUGGUGGCUGCAAGGAUGACUUCAUGCUUGUGAUUCGAUCCACUCCAGACCAGAGCUCUGGGAAAGGUCACAUUGAGAAGUUGACCUUCCGGAUGGCUGCUCCCAAGAUUGCAGAAGCUACCUUCAUCAUGGCCAGCUACAUGAACCAUCACUCUACAACUGUGAGCCCCCCCACAAACCCCCCUGCCGCCCACCAGCCCUGGGACCUGGAUGGACGACAGCUCUUUGCCUCUGUUCCCUGUGCCACCAAGGGGCCAACGUUGCUGUGACUGUUUCUCCUGCCUCCUCCCCACCACCACUGGUGCCUCUGGAAUUGGACAUGUGUGUCCUGGGGUGCGAUACUACUGUGAUGGGUCUCACGCCCGGCCUCACUUUGUUCUGUGACCUGUGUAUCUCGUGUCUGAGAAGCCUUUACUCUAGGUGCCUUACUUGUCUCAGAGCCCAGCUUUUAAAAAUCCAGACCCAGUGUAAGAACCAGUUAACCUUUUAUUCCCCACGAGAAUACUAACUCUGUAUGCUGCCUGAAUAGAGACCUCGACAGGCUGGUGCACCGUUAGCCAGGCCUCAGUGCCGACGUCAGGGCAGCUGGUAUUUCUCAUGCACGUGGUUGUUACGUAGGGGUUUAUACUUGAAGUUUUCUCAACAUCCCUAAACAGGAUAGGACAAAAACUCUGAUUUACCUGAACUGACAAAAGCCUGGAACUCACUAAAACUGGACUUUCUUUCCCAAGUGGGAAAGGGCUAGCAGGGCUGGAGAGAAAGAAAAGCACUCCCUCUCCCCCUUUCCUGGAGUACAGGCCGCACUACUCAGAGGGAAGUGCCUCUCCCCGGCCCCGCACUGUCCCCAGUGCCACACGGCCAGAGCGAGGGCAGGGGCCGGCAAGCCUGGCCUCAUUUAACAGCUGCACCGGGCUCAGGGCUGCAGGAUGAGGUGGUCAGUUUUUCCUGCCCUUCUUUUGCUGCUCUGUGAGGCUACUGGACACACAGACUCACUGCGCUCAGGGGCCUCGAGACUUCCAGUGAACUUGCGCUGGGAAUUAGUUUCCGGGCAAGGGCGUGUGCGUGGUACCUGCACAUGAGCAUCAGGUGAGGAAGCCAAGUUGCUUUCACCUUUUCCCUUCCUGACUACACUGUGACCCGAGUGCAGAGGAGAUGGUCUUUGUUUACACCCUCCCUGACAGAGGAAAAGAAAACGAGAGUUCAUGCUCGGAUUUUCCAGCAUCUGAGAAAGUUUUAUUUCCAAGCCCUAAGACAGCCUUAGCAUUUGUCAGUAAGGUGCUGGAAACUGUAUGGGUUUGGCAGUAGCACCCAAGAUCCACGCCUUUACCCCCAGCAGUGUGUGUGUGUGUGUGUGUCUGUGACACUGGCUGGAAGUUGCUUCCGCGAACGCCUCCGCUGCUCAAAGCUCCCUUCUCACCCACACACUGACCAGGCAGAUGGAAAAAGAAACGUGCCACUCUGACUCUUGUACAUGACCCUGACUUUGCAAGACGGGUGGUUUUAAGGCCAUCUUUGUUCCCAUCUUUCCCUCUCAAGAUUUGGGGAUCUAGCUGGGACAUCUCUACCUCGCACAGGGCACAUGUUCCACUGGCUCCCAGAUAACCCCCUCCCCCAAAGCCAGCAUAAAAGGCGACGGUUCUGAUUUUAUAGUAUCUUGAGUGUCUCUUAGGCCAGCAAGGAUAAUGUUGUAUACCCAUGGAGUUUCAAAACCAGGUUUCCAAAGAUAGGGCAAACAUAAACGAGGCAGUGCUCGUACUGAACUUGGGGGUCGAACUAUUUCUCCCACCCUCUGCUUCCCAGCCCUUCAGGAGACACUGCCUUGGAAACAGAGGCUUCGAUUGUUUGCUUAUUUAUCCAACGUUGACGCAAGGAUUCCACGUCUGGAAACCAGAGUCAAAUUUCCGUCUUGCCUUUGUCUCACCUGUCUUGGCAAAAGCAGCUUUCACAAUGGUAAAAAAUGCUGAGUAACAGAAAAGUGUUAAUGUGCUUGACACCCAUGACUGAAAUGCCAGGAUCAUGUCUGUCAAUAAAAAGCAGCUGUGACCCAGGCGA